GCCCGCGUACACUCUCCAUCAAAUCACGAAGCCGGCUAGGCAUUUGACGUUAGACAGCUAGUUACGGUAUAGACUAAAUAUAAUAUAGAGUGAUUCAAGUGUGUGUUAAAGUUCAGGAAUCAAAAUUAUAACGAUGGGUCGGUGGUAUGUGGUGGCACUGUGGGCGGUGAUCGCCUGUGCCGCAGCUAUAGACACUCCUUCUAGAUUUCACCCGAAAAAGCCUAGGAUCGCCGAUCUCCAGCCAGGCCAGCCAGAUACCGAUGAAAUGGUCACCAAUCUCCUCCAGUGGAUUCAAGGAUUCUACCAACAGAAAAAUAGGAGAGCUCGACAAUACUUCGGAGGAAAACCCGAAAAGCCGAGGCCAUUUGAACCAGCUUCUUAUCUCCCACCAGUGACAGGUUACCCCGCACCUGGCAGUCGGCCGACACCUUCAUACAGUGAAGGCCCGAGUCAACCUAGUUCCCCAUUCCUACCUAGCCAACCUGACCAACUACCGUUGGAACCUAGUCAAUCUCCUUACCAGCCCAGCCAACCUGGCUAUCAACCGAGUCAACCAAGUUAUUCAUCCUACCAGCCGAGUCAGCCCACUCAAUCUUCAUACGAACCCAGCCAACCAAACCGGCCCAGUGAGCCGUCACAAUCCUCUUCUUACCAACCUAGUCAACCGACACAAUCAUCUUACGACCAAAAUGAAUCUUCAGAACCCAGUUACGAACCAAGUCAACCUGGUUAUAAACCAAGUCAGUCGUCGCAACCUCAGCAAUCAACUUCUCCUUCUUAUCAACCUAGUCAACCUAAUGAAGAUUCAGGAUUACCUGACCAGCCAGAAAAACCAGAUCAGCCUGGAGAUAAUGAUAAUGGCCCACAGACUCCCAUAAAUCCAGAAGACGAAGACCGUCAUCCACCUCAUAUUCACGAUAUCACCGUCGAUUGUGGUAAACAAAUGAUGACCAUUAACAUUGAGUUCAACAAGGCCUACAACGGGAUCAUUUAUUCUCAAGACCACUACAAAGACUCUGAGUGCAUUUAUGUUAAGGAGAAUUCAAACCAAAUCAAAUAUUCGUUUACAGUGAAUCUAAAUAAAUGUGGAACAAGAUUCUUUAGCGAUUUCGAAAAUGAAGGUCAAGCCUAUCUUGAAAACGUCUUGGUUCUCCAAAACGAGCCAGGGAUUCAAGAAGUUUGGGAUCACAUUCGGCGCGUAAGAUGCCUGUGGGAAGGAAAUUUAACUAAACAGCUAGUGUCAUCUUUGAGCGUCGGUAUGUUGAAUCAGAUAACAAGUAAUUUCAGCGGUGAUACUGCUAUGGCUCGUUUGGAUAUUCAGACGGGCAGAGGACCUUUUGCCCCCGAAGCCAACGGGCUGAUUAAGAUCGGAGAAAUUAUGACGUUAGUAGUAUCCGUAACUGGUGAUGCAGGAUUUGAUAUUUUAGUUAGGGAAUGCAUCGCUCGCGACUCAAGCAACACCAAUAUCGUCCCAUUGACCGACUCAAACGGCUGCGUGCUAAAACCAAAACUAUUUGGAGCAUUCCAGAAAACAAGAGAGACAGGAAACACCGGGGCUUCGAUUAUCGCUUACGCAUACUUCAAUGCCUUUAAAUUCCCAGACGAAAUGGACUUGAUCAUACAAUGUGAUGUUGAACUGUGCAAAACGGACUGCGAAGUGUGCCCCAGUCCUGGCAGUACGGAGCCCAGGAGGAAGAGACGGGACGUCAUUCACAUAGGAAACAGAACUUACGAACCGGUUACUACUAUUGAGAAGGGUUUGAGGGUUGUGUUCGCUGAAGAUUUACCCAAUGAAGCUGGGAUAUGCAUUUCAUCUACAGCAGCGCUGUGGGGAGGCGUUCUAGUUCUUGCUGGAUCCCUAUUAAGCAGUUUGCUAGUCACUCAUUGUUGGCACAGAUCGCGCGGUUCAGCGAAAUUCGCGUAAUCAUAAAAAACAAUGUCUCUGGCUAUAUUUUUGCACUUAAAUUAUAAAUAUCGUCGGUUUUAUUGUUGAUAUUAUUAUUUUAAUAAUAUAUCGUAAUUAAUGUAGUUCAGUAUUAAGUGGGAAUUCUAAUAUUUUGUAGAUACCUACUAUUUAUAAAUAAUUGAUAAUUGUUAACAAACUGUCUCCUGAGCUUACAUAUAAGAAAAAGAAAUAAAAAAAUUAUCUAGGAAUUAUUUUAAAAGCAUAAAAAAUAUUUUUAUGUUAAUUUUAAUCAAUAAUUAUUAUUGAACAUUUUAAAUAUUUAUAACGAACACA